GCCGGUGGGCUCCGGGUACUUCUGCUCAUCCGGGGGCUGUGGGUGCAGGUGACCAUGGAUGAACAGAAGGCGGUGAUAAAGGACACGGAUAUGCUGGAGGAGAUGCAGCAGCAGGCUGUGCAGUGUGCUGUUUUGGCCAUAGAGAAGUACAGCAUUGAAAGAGAAAUUGCUGCCCUUAUAAAGAGGGAGUUUGAGAAGAUGUACAGCCCCACUUGGCACUGCGUUGUCGGAAGGAAGUUUGGCAGCUACGUGUCUCAUGAGACCAAGCAUUUCAUUUUCUUCCUGGUGCGCGGCCUCAACGUGCUCCUGUUCAAGGCUGGGUAGCAGCCAUUGCUGGGAGCUGCAAGUGCUGUGCAGGCUGCAGGUAACAGCACAGUGCUUCUGGGACAUUGUUGUGUUCGGCACGGAAAAAAAGAAUAGUUGUUUGU